AUGUUGCUUGUGCUUACAGACGUGCAGUUCGAAGACAGGCCCGGCUGGACAAAGGCAAUGCUCAGACGAGUGGCCAAGAGCUUCAAGGUUCCAGAUUUCAUGCACCCAGAGCGGACGGCUCGGGACUUCGGGGCCACGCCAGAGUUCUGGUUUGGUACCGGCAAGGCAGGUGCCAAGGCCCACAUGGACUCCCACGUCCAGGCAACCGUUUCGGUCCAGAUUUCUGGUCGGAAACGAUGGCGGUUGAUGCCGCUUCGACAACGUGAUGCGCCAUUCUUGGCCAUGAUAUAUUCAGAUGGUCAGCCUUACGAGAAUGACGAAGGUUGGCAGCCUCUUUUCGAAAUAGUCUUGGAACCUGGAGAAGGCCUCUUCUUCCCGCCUGGAAUGAUCCACGAGACCAUGAACGUGGGUGAUGUGUGUGCCUCCUCUGUGACUUUCCAGUUUAACUACCCGUAUGCGGCCCGAUUCUACAGGCGCUUUUUCCCACGGGUACGGUAUACCGCGGACAUCGGCGAAAGUUGGGUGCUGAUCAAAGAGUGGGCGCGGUUGGGACUCCACGGUGACAAGAAGGGCAAGGGCGAGCCCUACGACCAAGCCAGGCAGCGUGCUGAUGUCGGCAAGCAUUUCGCCAAGCUGGACAAAGACGGAGAUGGUCGACUGACUGAGGCCGAGCUCAGCUUUCUAGACAGUCCUGCGAUAAACGCCAUCGCUUGGCAUGACUUGGAUGGCGAUGAGGCCAUCAGCCUUGAGGAAUUUCGUGAGGGUUUCGCAUACUGGUCAGACGUAACCAGCUCCGCCAUCAAAGCGACGCCUAAGGAAUGGCGUAAGUUUCAGCUCUUCGGCACGAUCGAAAACUUGGAGGACAUCCCACAGGGGCUUGCCAAGAAGAUGAGACAGGCAGCGCUCGCAGAGGAACGACGACUGAAAGCUGCCAAAGAGCAGCAAUCCGAGUUGUAA